AGUUCGCCGUCGCCGUCAAAGAUUCCCACCGUCUAAGGUAAUACAAAAUGGUCCUUUUCCUUCCUGGCUUUUGCUCAGAUCGAUCCACCUAUAAGACCGAUGCAGAUAAAUGCCAUAUGUCCACACAAAUCCUCAGAACCAUAGUUCUAAUCGUCAGACUCUUAGCCAUAUACAGCUAAUUAGAAUGUGGGCGGCGGUUCUUUGCCUUAUAGCUUUGCUUGCUGUUGGGAUUAGCCGUUGGUUGCAUGGUUGGGCAAACCCCAAGUGUGAGAAUGGGAUACUGCCUCCCGGAUCAAUGGGCUUUCCCAUCAUUGGCGAGACAAUUGAGUUCUUCUCUCCCUAUUUUUUUUACGAUAUCCCACCAUUCAUCAAGAAAAGAAUGCAAAGAUAUGGGCCGGUUUUUCGGACUAGCUUAGUUGGUCGAAAGGUUAUUGUAUCAACCGAUCCUGAAAUCAACCAUGAAAUCUUUCAACAAGAAAACAAGUCCUUCUUAAUCUGGUAUACAAAGACUUUCAUAGAAGUUUUUGGCCAACAAAGCCUGGUUGCACACCAUGGGAUGGUUCACAAGUACCUCAAGAACUUGAUCCUUCAGCUUGUUAGCCCUGAAAACCUCAAGGGAAAGCUACUUUAUGAAAUCGACAAAGCGACCCGCAAACAUCUUAAUUCCUGGGCUAGCCUUGGCACCAUCGAUGUGAAAGAAGGAUCUGGCGAGAUGAUAUUUGAAUAUUUUGCCAAGAAACUCAUUGGCUAUGAAGAAGAAACGGCUUCAAACAAGAAACUGAGAAAUAAUUUCCAAGCCUUCAUUGAUGGUCUUAUCUCAUUUCCUUUAAACAUCCCCGGAACUGUUUAUCAUGCAUGUUUGCGGGGUCGUAAAAAUGCAUGCAAGGUGAUUAAAGAUAUAUUUGAAAAGAGGAAGGCAUCAAAAUUUCCUCACAAUGAUUUCUUAGAUCAUUUACUCAAUGAGGUUGAAUCCCAAGACUCAUAUUUAAACGAGCAAAUGGCUAUAGAAUUGGUCUUUGCCCUUCUCUUCGCUACUUACGAGACUACUUCUGCAGCCAUCACGUUAGCAAUCAAGUUUAUUUCUGAUCAUCCUAAAGUCCUGGAAGAAUUGACGAAGGAACAUGAGGCUAUUCUUAGAAGCCGAGAUAACGAGAAUUCUGAACUUACAUGGCAGGAGUAUAAAUCAAUGACUUUCACACAUAUGGUUAUCAAUGAAACAGUUAGACUAGCAAAUAUUGUCCCAGGAAUUUUCAGAAAAGUGAUGAAAGAUGUCGAGAUGAAAGGCUACACGAUUCCAGCAGGUUGGACGGUGAUGGUUGUCCCAGCAGCUGUUCAUUUGAGUCCUGGAAAAUACGAGAACCCACUUGAAUUUAACCCCUGGAGAUGGGAGGGAAAAGAGUUGCACGUCGGGUCCAAGACUUUCAUGGCCUUCGGUGGAGGUAUAAGGCUUUGUGUUGGAGCUGACUUUGCGAAGCUUCAGAUGGCCAUUUUCAUCCAUUAUAUCGUCACCAAAUACCGGUGGACAGUAAUGAAAGGAGGGGACAUCGCUCGAAAGCCUGGUCUGACAUUUCCAAAUGGACUUCACAUCAAAAUCUCGGAGAAGCAGGCCAUGCCGAGAAGCUUUUGAGUUAAGAAGAUGCAAAUUACAAGGGAUUAGCGCAGAAACAGAAUUCUGCUACAAUGGCCUUUAAUUGAGUACUUCUGCAGUUAUGAUUAUCUGAUUUCUCCAAUCAAUUCCCAGCCUUUUUCUCUUUUCUCCCCUCUCCAAUUGUCUGCUUAUGAAAUUUAUGGUGUGCAAUGGAUGAAGCCGAAUGGGCUAUGAAAAUAAACUCGUCUCCAAACCUCUAGCUUAGUCAAAAGUUUUCAAAUGGAUCCUGGUACAAAUAAAAAAAAUAUUUU